GAGCAAGAAGAGUAGCAAAGGAUGAGUGGAGGAGGAAAGGUUGUGUCUGUGUAGCAGGAGCUUCUGUGUUCAUAGCUUCAUGGCUGGUGAAGCUCUUAUUACAAUGUGGAUAUACUGUCAAAGCCUCUGUUCGGGACCCAAAUGAUCCUAAGAAAACAGAACAUUUGCUUUCUCUUGAUGGAGCUAAAGAAUGACUUCAAUUGCUUAAGGCAAAUUCACUAGAAGAAGAAUCAUUUGAUUCUCUAAUUGAAGGGGUGAAGGUGUUUUCCAUACAGCAUCUCCCGUUAUGAUAUUGUGUAGAAAAUCCAUUUUCUGUAAGAAUAAAAAUAUAUUUAUAGAUGAAAAAAACCAAAAACGGAGGUAUUUGAAGUACCUCUUUUUGGUUGCAGUGUCGUUAUUUUUGUUGCUGUUGUUUGUUUUUGCCCCACCUGCUCUCUUGAAACUGUGAUUGGGCAAAUCCCACCCACUUGACCUACAAUCUUUCCUCAAAACAUUAAUUUUUUAAAAUAUAAAUAAUAAGCACAUGUUGACUCUCCUACGCGCUAACCAUUGGAAUGGACCAUCCAUGGACUGCCAUGUGGCACAAUUUGAGGUCCCACAUUUCCACGUGGCAAUGCACUUAUUAUUAUCAAUGAGCACAAAUUCCAUAGAAUCUUCAAUGAAUAAUCCAAGCAAAAACGUGACGAUCAGAAAAGCUAAACAAAUGAUGCUCUCCCUACUAGCAACUAUACAACCAGAGAGAUAAAGACAGAAAAUGCUUACGGUCUUUGCAGAUGGUCAGCAAAGGCCAAACCAUUAGGAGGGUUUUCUGUCUCUUUCUUUGAUAUAAUAGUUUAUGGACUAGUUUAUUUAUAUAUAGUCCAGCAUUAUUUUUUUAUUUUUUUUUCCCCAUUCAUUAGCAUUUUUUUAAUAUUUUUCUGGGUUUCCAAUGCUACUCAUAGUCCCUUUAAUCCCUUCCCUCAUUCCUGCACAAAAACUGCAAAGCAGGUAUAGAGCUAGGAGAGAGGCAAAGGAUGAGUGGAGGAGGGAAGGUGGUGUAUGUAACAGGAGCUUCUGGGUUCAUAGCUUCAUGGCUGGUGAAACUCUUAUUACAACGUGGAUAUACUGUCAAAGCCUCUGUUCGGGACCCAAAUGAUCCAAAGAAAACAGAACACUUGCUUUCUCUUGAUGGAGCUAAAGAAAGACUUCACUUGCUUAAAGCAAAUUUACUAGAAGAAGGAUCAUUUGAUUCUCUAGUUGAAGGGUGUGAAGGUGUUUUCCAUACGGCAUCUCCCGUUAUUAUUUCACCUAGUGAUCCUGAGGCUGAAGUAAUUGACCCUGCAGUGAAGGGAACACUGAAUGUUCUAAGAUCGUGUGUAAAAUUUCCUUCUGUGAAGAGAGUAGUUGUAACAUCUUCCAUGGCUUCACUUACAAUCAAUGGGAAACCUCUCACACCUGAUGUGGUAGUUGAUGAGACAUGGUCUUCAGAUCCUGCUGUUUGUGAGGAGUUGAAGAAUUGGUAUGCACUUUCAAAAACUUUAGCUGAGGAUGUUACUUGGAAGUUUGCAAAAGAAAACAAGAUUGACGUGGUCACCAUGCAUCCAGGGUUUACUAUUGGUCCUUUCUUACAGUCAACUCUUAACGUGGCAGCAGAGAUUGUUCUGAAUCAUAUAAAUGCAUCACAAACCUUAGCGAACAUGGUUUAUAGGUUUGUUGAUGUUAGAGAUGUAGCAUAUGCACAUAUUCAAGCAUUUGAAGUAGCUUCAGCAAGUGGAAGAUAUAUUUUAGUAGGAACUGUUAUGAACAAUGUUGGGACUUCAAAGAUUUUAGAAGAACUAUACCCUGAUUUGAGCCUUCCUGAAAGAUGGGAAAAGGAAAAACCUCCUUUGCCAAUCUAUCAUGUAUCCAAUGAGAAAGCAAAAGGUUUGGGCAUUGACUUCAUUUCGUUGGAAGUGAGUCUCAGAGACAGUGUUGAAUGCUUCAAGGAGAAGGGUUUUCUAAUCAUGUAAAUUAUGCAAUUGGCAGGGGAUAUGAUAUGGUGGAUUUAAUUACAAAUAAGACAUAUAUAUCCUUGUUUUCAUCAUCCUAAUAUUUCUGUGGGUCUGUAACUUGUUAAUAAAACAUCUUCAUUUGGGCCAAAUCUUCCAACAAUCAUUGAAGGAAAAUAAAAAUUGCUACAAGUUUUCUGACCCCACUACAAGGUGGUGGGUACAA